AUGCCUUCGUCGGCUGCUCUCGUCGAGCAUGCCCCCUCCAUGUCCGAUAUCGCGCGCGACCAGGUGAAGCAAGUGCGCCAUCAGGUCGGCGCCGUCGUCGCGCCCGCGGCCGGCACCGGCAGGAAGGAUCCCGCCGUGUGUCCCACCGACGACGAGACCCUGACCCCGCGGAAGAAGGAUACGCGAACCUGGAACUAUGUGUGGCGGUCCGGAGUUGCUGGCGGCAUGGCCGGCUGCGCGGCCAAGACGCUCGUCGCCCCCCUCGACCGGGUCAAGAUUCUCUUCCAGGCCAGCAACCCCCAGUUCGCAAAGUAUACCGGCUCCUCCUUUGGCGUCGCGACCGCCAUGAAGGACAUCUACAGCUCCGAAGGCGUCCGCGGCCUCUACCGCGGGCACUCGGCCACCCUCCUCCGCAUCUUCCCCUACGCCGGCAUCAAGUUCCUCGCCUACGAGCAGAUCCGCGCCGUGCUCAUCCCCAACAAGAACCACGAGACGCCCCUGCGCCGCCUGCUGAGCGGCAGCCUUGCCGGCGUCACCUCCGUCUUCUUCACCUACCCGCUCGAAGUGGUCCGUGUAAGGCUCGCCUUUGAGACGAAGCGCGAGGGCCGGUCUUCCCUCACGUCCAUCUGCCGGCAGAUAUACAACGAACAGCCUCCGCAAAAGUCGGCCACGGCGCGGCUGCCCGGCGCGCCCCUGCCCGCUGCCGCCGCCGAGACGGUCAAGGCCAUCAACCCGCACGUCGGCCUCAUCAACUUCUAUCGCGGCUUCGCGCCGACGCUGCUGGGCAUGCUCCCCUAUGCGGGCAUGUCCUUUUUGACACACGACACUGUUAGCGAUUUGAUGCGCCACCCCGCCAUCGCGAAGCACACGACGUUGCCUCGCAAGGCCAACCAUCCCGAGGGCAAGCCCGCCGCGCUGCGAUCGUGGGCGGAGCUCAGCACAGGCGGUAUCGCCGGCCUGGUUUCGCAGACGGCGUCCUACCCGCUCGAAGUGAUCCGACGGCGCAUGCAGGUUGGCGGCGCUGUGGGUGACGGACGCAAGCUGCACCUGGGCGAGACGGCGCGGACCAUAUUCCGCGAGCGCGGCAUACGCGGCUUCUUCGUCGGCCUGACGAUUGGCUACGUCAAGGUCAUCCCCAUGGUGGCCGUCAGCUUCUACACGUACGAGCGCAUGAAGCUCGUCUUUGGCAUAUGA